CCCUUAAUCAUCUUUGGUGCUCUCCUCUGCAUUUUUUCUAGAAUCUCAACAUCAAAUAAACCUCAAAUACUUUAUUUGAUGCUUAAUUACAACACGGGCAUGUAUAUAAACACACAUCUCUGACUUUCGUGAUUUAAGCUGUAAAGACCUGUCAGAGUACAACAUGAGCAGUUUUGUGCAGACAUUGUUUACUUUAUUUCAUCUCCAAUUUGAAGAAUUGUGGGGCAGAUAAUAAGAAGGGUUUCUACAGGCCAAACAUCUGGAAGAAUGCUCCGGAUAUAGUGGGAUGUGGGGCUGUCAGCUGAGGCAGGCACUCUGCAGCGUCCACCAUCAACUGAAGAAAAGUUUCGGGAUUCUCCCAGCUUCGACCCAUUGGCAUCACACGGUUCCCACCUCGCCCAGCUGUGCCUGGCAGUUAAAUGAUGGUCAUCUAGAGCUGAAAUACAGGGACACUCUGAUGCGCUUCGAUUACUUUUGGCUGCGGGACCACUGCCGCUCGCCGUCUUGCUACAACACCAAGACCAACCAACGCAGUCUGGAUACGGCCAGUGUGGAUCUCACGAUCAAGCCCCAGGCGGUACGAGUCGAUGAGACCACGCUCUUUCUCACCUGGCCAGAUGGCCACGUGACCAAGUAUGGUCUGGAAUGGCUGAUGAUGAACAGCUACGAGGGACAGAAGCAGCAGGUCAUGCAACCCCGGAUCCUGUGGAACGCUGACAUUUACCAGGAAGCUCAAGUGCCCUCCGUCGACUAUCGCAGUUUCUUGGAAACCAAUGAGGGGCUGAGAGAAUUCCUGCAGAACUUCCUGCUAUACGGCAUUGCAUUCGUGGAAAACGUUCCCCCGACCAAAGAGGACACGGAAAUCAUAGCAGAGAGGAUUAGUUUGAUCAGAGAAACUAUUUAUGGCAGGAUGUGGUAUUUCACCUCUGACUUCUCCCGUGGAGAUACUGCAUACACCAAACUGGCUUUGGACCGUCAUACAGAUACCACUUACUUUCAGGAACCUUGUGGCAUCCAGGUAUUCCAUUGCCUCCGGCAUGAAGGCACGGGGGGCCGGACGCUUCUGGUGGACGGUUUCUAUGCCGCGGAACAAGUGCUCCAGCGAGCACCAGAGGAUUUCGACCUUCUGACGAAGGUGCCACUGAGGCACGAAUACAUCGAGAACAUGGGAAGCUGCCGCAACCAUAUGAUUGGGGUUGGGCCUGUCUUGAAUAUCUACCCCUGGAACAAGGAGCUCUACCUGAUCAGGUACAAUAAUUACGACCGAGCUGUCAUUAACACAGUGCCUCAUGAAACUGUGCACCGUUGGUACAUCGCACACCGCACACUCACCACUGAGUUGCGGAGGCCAGAGAAUGAGCUCUGGGUCAAACUGAAACCAGGCAAAGCCCUCUUUGUGGACAAUUGGCGAGUGCUGCACGGCCGAGAAUCUUUCACAGGAUAUCGCCAGCUCUGCGGUUGCUACCUCACGAGAGAUGAUGUGCUAAACACAGCCCGUUUCCUUGGCCUUCAAGCCUAGGCUGGCUUGUACCUCCGAUGGUCGGGAGCUGCUGAUUCGUGAAUGGAGAGAAAAAAGUGUUUACCUCACACCUCACAGGAGGUGUUUACCUCCUGUCCCAAGAGAGAGGAGAGGUCCUCUCAGCAUCACUUGAGGUCCAUCCAAUGUUGUCUACUGCCUUUUCUUCACUCUCCCCGUUCUAAGCUCCCUGAUUGGUUCUCCUUGGUUUCCAUUGCCCAUUGGCUCAACUCAGGUCAGAUGGACUUGACAGCCAUGUAAGAGACCUGCUCUGACCUCCAAGGUGCUACCUCUGGUGCCUUUUGCUAUUGAAAGCAGCCUUGUCCUCUUGAGGAGACCUCCCACAUACAAAACCAUCAAGAUUAUACUGGACGUACAUUCUUGAAAACGGGUAGAGUCUCAAGGAAAGUUAAGUUAGUUCAUUGGCAAGACCUGUUGUCUUUCCAGCCUUUUGAGACUUCCCAGAUAGACCGGUACCCAAUGCUUGAAGGUUCUUCUUCUCCAUGUCUCUUCUCUUUCCUGCCUGCUGGUGAUGUAGCCAUGUGAUGGGGACAGUUGCUUCAGAAAGCCUUAGAGCAGGAGGAAGGAAGAAAACACACAGAUCUGAGGAGGGGAGACAAUAUUAAGUCCCAAUUUCCACAGCACUGUAAAAAUAAUAAUGACGAUAAUGAUAAAACUAUAGCACUGCAUUUCUUUCCAGCUUACUCUGUUGUCCAUUCUUCAUCUUGGUCAUUGCUUCAACUUUCUCCAGAAUCUCUUUGCUGUCCGUUCUAUGCUGGGAAGAAGCACAAUCCAAUAAUUUCCUUGCUUUGUUUCUUUCCUUUGUUCUUUCCUUCAAAGGACUUUAUUGACAACAAGAGGCCAUACCUCUCAGAAGCCGCCAACCUUUGUUCUGAACUAAAGCUCCAACCAUCAGAAAGAGAGAGAAAGAAAAGAUACUUGUUUAUUCCUCUUAGCUAGCUGAGUGAAAAGAGUUGCAUGUUUUCGCUUUGACUGGCUUUCUUGGUAGCACCAGUCUCUUCAGAAGAAGAGCAAGUGGAGCCUUUAGCUGAAACUGAGAUGAUUGGGUCAAAGAUCUAAGUGGAGGCGUUGCUUCCGCGAUCUGCUCUUAUCCCCAGAUCCUUGAGUUCCUUCACUAGGAACGAGGAAUUCUAGAUUGUCAUUCCUUUUAGAGAUGGGUGAUGAUCAUUGCUUGCACCCCUGACUCCCGUUCCUACUGCAUCUCUUGAGCAAGACCCAACAGGGAUGCUCAGAACCUCUCUAGGAAGCCAAGAUAUGCCAAGAACAAGAACAAGAAGCAGCCGAAGCCAGCUUUUUGCCUUCAAACCAAAUAGAAAUUAUCUUGGGCUUGAAGUGACAUUUUCAUUAUUAAUAACAAAGGAUGGAACUCUUUGUCACAACUUGAGAUGCAAAUUCUGUGGUUGAGUUGGUUUUCCUGGGCCAAACUUCAAAACUAAUCAGUGCAUGAGUUUAGGAGUAGAAAGAGUGUCUUAGACCCUUUUAGAAGAAAUGUUUGUUCGUGGUUGUCAUUGGUUGAAUCCGUUGGCCCUCGUUGGAACAUUUCUGCUAAUUAAGGAAAGUCAACCCUCUUUCCUAUGUUCAAAGCUGAGCACUUGAUCCAUUUCAAAAAAACAAGAGCUAUUCUUUUUGGUCCUCCAAGAAUUAUAUUGAACAUACAAACCUGCUAAGUAAGAAACUCUAGAAAAUGAAUUUUGCAAGUUCUUAUAUACAUCAGGAAGUAGCUACCAUUUUCCUUAGACAGCAUUCUGUUCUUUGCAGCUUUCGAAUUAAAAUAGUGGGAAAACUGGCAAGAUUCCUCCAAAUCUAGAAGGAUACAGUUUGAACCUCGCCAAACUGCAGAAGUCAUAUUUUGAACUACAACAUUUCCAAUCUUAAAUAGGGGAGCAGGAGAGAGAAUGCUUCUCCAAGGAACUAGAGUCGUACAUGAACAUCAGCAAUUUAGGUCUAGUUGAACUUUCUCCCUGAGAUGCUCAUGUUCUUUAAGGAAUAUAUUUUAGGUUUGCUAGAUCAUGAAACAGGAUUUAUCUCAUGAGCUCCAAGCUGAUGUCUGAAGUCAUUUUGCCCAGCUAUAGUUUGCUAUACCUCAUUGAGUUGAUGUUCUUUGCAAGAACCAGAUCUGUAUGCGCUUCUCUCCUUUCUUGCCUGUAGUUUUGGACUUUGUUUUAACUUGAUUGAUGUAGUAGCACUUUUUGCUCUUAACACUCCUAAGGACUUCUAGACAACUCGACUACUUCUAGUUCAGUUUUUAGCAGCAGAAGAUAUUUGGUACUCGAGGUCAUUCCUAACUUGAUUUUCUUAACACUGUAUGAGUUUCAUCACUACAUAGAAGACAUCACAUGUAGAGGUGGCGCAAAUAUGAUCUUUGGAUCAAGACAACUUCUACAGCUGUCUGGUAUUUAUUAGCUACUAAGUUAUAUUUACUAACUUCUAAGAAAGUCUUUGCAAAAAAGUACGACUUGGGUUGUGUUUUCGGUAUGUUUUGUGGUUUUGUUAUAAGUCGCUGAGAUCUCUUCAUCCUGUCCCUCACAUGGCUGCUCAUUUGUCACAAGAUUGUUAUGGUCACCGUUAGCCCUCAAACUUUGUAAUUGUUUCCUGUUGCUCUGCUUUUAAUUAAAAAAAAAAUCAGC